CCAAAGGAAUCGAAUGAAAGUCUAAUCCGGGUUUUACGAAUUUCCAGGUGGCGAGAGAAGAUUAUCUCUCCUUCCUUUGUAUUUGAAAUGUGUUUCGGCACCGUUUGACCAGGAAACAUCCGAGAGCGCUUUCAGACUUUACCCAUGUCCAUAGAACAAGAAGUAGACUUUCUGAACGAUGAUGAGGCGUUCACGAGCCGAUUCCCCAUACACCGCGCUUGUCGGGAUGGAGAUGUUGGCGCUUUGAUGUCAUUAUUCCAGAAUCACACUCGUCUGACAACCGAAGACUCUUGCUACGGCUGGACCCCCAUUCACUGGGCAGCUCACUGUGGACAGGAGGAGGGGCGGAGCAGAAGCCCGGCCGGCGCCUCCAGUCAGAGCAACAGUAAGAAUGUGGAGUUGGAGUGUGUCAUACGCCUGGUGCAGAUGGGUUGUGAUGUGAACACGGUGUCUAGUCGCUUCAGCCAGACCCCAACACACACAGCAGCGUUUGGCGGGCAUCCUCACUGUGUGUUGUGGCUAUCACAGGCUGGUGCAGACAUCAACCGGCAGGGAAGCCUGGCCACCUCUUCCAAUUCCACCGGGGGAGUACAGGACUUGACAGGUGAGGCUCCUAUCCACAAGGCCGCCAGGGCAGGAAGCUUGGAGUGCAUCCAGGUGCUGCUGAUAGCAGGCGCAAAACCACAUGUAAGGAACGCCAGUGGGCAGACUGCAGCUGAUCUGGCACGCAGUCACGACUCAGUCGACUGCCUUCGCCUCAUCUCCAACUUGCUGCAGCUCAGUGAGCCCCGGAACGAAGAGGAAACAACUGUGGAGGGCCCUCUCUGUGGUCCUGGUCUGCUUGGCAGGAAGAGGCUGCAGUCCUCUUUUGAGAAUGGUCACAUGAAGAAGGCAAAGAGAGAUGCGUUACUGCAGAUGCAUAGUGCUGGAGUUGAAGACAGCAUGGAGUCCAACCCUCAAACAGAUUCAGGCACCAUCAUCGAGUGCUUUCAUCCACUGCUGCCGCUGUGUCCUGUUGACCAGAAUAACGAGGAAGCAAUGAAUCCCGCCUGCGAUGAGGAUUCCACUCCGCUGUCUUGGCAGCAGGUUGGUGCCCCACCCUGUCAGCACAGACCAGCUGACAUGUGCGGCUCCCUGCACCUGACAGGAAGUCCCAGCACCUGUGUGUCCCAUCGGCCGCUGUUGCAGGGCCUGUCAGGAGCGGACUACAGUGACUUCCUAAAUUAUGGACAUUAUCACGGCUUUGGGGACACAGCAGAGGAGCUGACCAACAGUGGCUUCAUAGAGCAGAGAUCUUUUCAAGAUGCUGGAGGUGACAGCCAUCUGUGCCAGGACUCAUAAUCCUUUUCUCAAAGAUCAACUCCCAUUUCACAAAAAUGUGUUCUAAACUGUAUUGCCAUUUUCAAAAAAUACACUCAGGCUUUUUUGGAUGACUCAGCAGUUUGGGGAUAUGCAUUUGGUGCUGAUUGUUUAAAAUACCUCUUUUCCUAUUAAACACAUUUUGCAGUU